GUACCAGAAUAGGUAGGGUAGGCUGUGACCGGGCGCUGGGCGCACAGUGGUGGUCUUCAGCGAAGGACUAGGUAGAACCAAGAGGACACCAUUUCUGUGGCCCAAACCUUCUGGGUUUAACCUCCGCCAUUUGUUUAGCUGAAAUCGCCUAUCCGCCAGCCUGGGGAGCAUUGCUGGCUUUCAUCUGACAGGGACAAGAGAGCAGGGGAACAAAGGACACAGCGUCAGGUUCACCUAUCUUGGAUCUGCAAGGACAGGCAGAUGGAGGUCAAGAGCACCGUGCGGAUCUUGGAGUCAAAGCUCAAGAGAUAGAAAGAUGAGACAGAGAUCUUCUUCCAGCAAAUGUGAGAGAACACGGUGAUAAUGACAUCAGACAUGAGUAUGGACCUACCUAACAGGGAGGGAGAUGUGAACAUCUCAUCUCUUAACCAAUCACUUCCUAACCCUUGCAACAUCGACGAGUCGUACAAGUACAUAUUUCUCCCAAUCUGCUACUCGUUCACAUUCAUAUUUAGCAUAACCCUUAACUCUAUAGUCUUGUACCGCUCAUUCCGUCACACCAAGCGCUGGAACGCCUCACUCAUCUACAUGGUAAACUUGGCCUCCACUGACUUUAUGUACGGCCUCUCUUUGCCUUUCCUGGUGGCCAGCUAUAUCAUGCAAGACAACUGGGUGUUUGGGGACUUCAUGUGUCGCCUGGUGCGCUUCCUCUUCUACUUCAACCUCUACUGUAGCAUCUUCUUCCUCACAUGCAUCUCUGUGCACCGCUACCUGGGCAUCUGCCACCCCAUGAAAACGAUCACCCUGGAGACCAAGCGGGCGGUGAAAGGUACCUGCGUUGUGGUGUGGGCAGCGGUGUUUGCGCUCACCUGCCCCAUCUUCCGCUUUGCACAGACACAGUAUCUGCCUAGAGGAGGGGAGGGAGUUGGCUCCGGGCCGGCUGCCAAUGGGUACAGCACUAACGGAGAAGCGGACUGGUUCCAGAACUGCUGGGACGAUGCCAUCGACAAGGAGUUCCAGGACUAUGUACCUUAUGGAAUAACACUGCACCUGCUAGGUUUUUUUUUGCCGUUCAGCAUUAUCGCCUGGUGUUACUCACGUGUGGUCUUGACUAUCUUUAGGACCCUGCGAUCCCAACCCUGCUCAGAGAAGAGUGGUGGAGCAGGGGGCCGUGGAGGUGGCAUGAUGUCUGGAGCAGAGGGAAUGUCAACCAUUCUGGGCGCACAUUCCCCGUAUGUGAACAGACGCCGAAAAUCAAUCAAAACCAUAAUCACCAUCACCCUCCUUUUCGCCCUGUGCUUCUUCCCUUUCCAUGUAACCCGCACCAUUUUCUUGAUUCUGAAAGUGACAAACCGUGUGCAGUGUCCUACCAUGCGAAUGGUCUCAAUCUGUUACAAAAUAACAAGACCAUUAGCCUCGUUCAACGCCUGGCUAAACGCUUUGCUUUACUUCCUCACCAAGGAAAAGGGUUCUCCUUGCUGCCCAAAGCCGGAACCUGUCCAACACGGUCUGCUCUGGCCCUUGAGAAUGCUGGGAAGAGCAGGCGAGGAAGAGGACGGUGCUGAUGAAGCAAUCAAUAACAAAGGAAAUGAACCAAACAUAUUUAGAGGUCAGCCGUAAGAUGACUAGGGGAAACAUACGAGUGCAUUGGUCCAGGAGACCAAUAAACAGGAAGGCAUUCAGGUGUGAGAGGUCAAGCCUGACAAAGUUUUAAAAGGUGCUGGGAUGUCACUGUGGACACUGACCAGACAAAAUUCAGAGAAACAUUAACUUCACAUUUUGAACAUAUACUCUUGUCUGGUACCCAAGUAGUCUUUGUAGUUUUCAAAAGUGUAUGAUGCAUUGUAAUUGUUUAAAUUUUACUGUCAUAAGCUAUAUAAUGACACUUGACACACUGUGUCCACGUCAUGGGAAUAGAUUUUGGAUAUCAACGCCAAGUUUUAAUCGAGCUAGAAGUUUUUUUUUUUUUUGAUUUGCACACCAUGUUGAAAAUUAAACAUUGUAGGCAAUUUAAGUAUUCCCGAGUUUAUUGAUUGUCUUCUGGACUUACCUCUCAACCUGGGGUCAACUGGGGUAGAUUUUGGUAGGCCCCAAAGUGGGCACAACCUAUCGCUUACCAAUCGCUAAUAACCUGGGGCACGUUUCCCAAAACCAUAGUUGCUAACCUGUUAGCAACUAUGGUUUUGGGAAACACACCCCUGGGUGAUACUGAGCAUCUGUCCUCUGUGCGAGAACAAUGAAUCCUUUCUAAAGUCGGAGCCUACUUGCUAAUCGUUUCUUAUAAUAGGUAACUUAGUUAAAACUUCCAAAUGCUUAAUCAAUUUUUGACAAAACGGAUUGGCUAGUGUAAUUAAAGACAAUAACGUUAUUACACACCCAUUAACAGUGAUCCCGUCAAAACAAAAAUAAAACAUAAAAAAGACUUUAUUAGGUAAUACAGCCCUUUGUUCUAGCGAUAGAUUUGGGGUCUUCAAAAAGUAAAAAGACUGUUUACCUUGCAUCAAACGAAUUAAUUCUCUUGAGUCGGGGUUUGUAUAUGCUUAUGAUUAUUGUUAUUAUUCUGUUAAAUUCUAUUUAGUAUAUUACUAAUAUUUUAUGUUGGCUAUAUGACUACUUUAAACUGUUUAUACUAAUGUUAAUGUAAUGUUCACUAGUGUCAUUGUAAGUCGCUUUGGACAAAAGUGUUUGCUAAGAACUAUAAACAUAUACAUAAACAUAACAUAAUAGUUUAAAGCUAGCCUGGGAACCAGUCAAAUCUCAGAGCUCGUUGCAUUUGCUCUGACAGACACUGAUCUCCACCCCAACCAAAAUCUCAGGAACCAAUCAAAACUGCUUAUCCGACAUAGGGUGGGCAUUAUACCUUGACAGUGGAACAUGGUUGAGGCAGUUUUGCACAAAACCAAUAGCUUCACUGAUCGUAAUUAAAUGACAUGGACAUAUGUUUUCUUUGAAAAUAAAUAAACAACUGUGUUUGGCUCA